UCCUCUUUAGGGUCUCAUGACUGGUUCCUGUUGCAUUGUUGAAGUCUCAUUUUGGACAUUUUAGUUUGGGUAUUCCUCAAUCAACUGCUCAUCAAUAUCUUAGUCUGUAUUGCUCCAGGACACCUACUUUGCAUUGGCACAACUGCCCGACUAUAGCCUGUGGUUUAGAGGAUGCUCAAUGCAAAUUGGAUACAAAUCUUACUGAGGAUGCCCAUAUCCACCUGUGCGUACGUGCAUGAAUCAAGUAGGUCUGCAGGUGUAUGUGCAGACUGAAGAGACUAAGGUGGUCUCAAGUGGGAGGUGGGGGAGAUGUAGACAGGUCAGGUGAUUUUUGGGGUGGCCGGCUGGGCUGUAACAGGGCCACGGUGGAGGACGGCACACUGGAUUUUGCUGAUAUGGAUGGGCACGGAUGUGACCGCUAUGUAGACGGGGACAACGACAGCAAUCAGAUUGACUACCGGCGUAUGGUGGGAGACAUGGAGCCCACCAGGCCACGGGGGUCGGUACGAGACUCAGACCACCACUUUCAGGGGCCGUUUACCCACAGUACGCUGCAUGGGCACGGGCACGAGACUGCAGCCCAGCGCUACAGUGCCACCCGCAUACAGGCGGGGUAUGAACCAGAGAGCAUGGCUGAUUACCUGAUCAGUGGGGGAACUGGUUAUGUUCCUGUGGAUGGACUCACCGCCCAACAGCUCUUUGCCACUGGAGAUGGUCUUACAUACAAUGAUUUCCUGAUUCUGCCUGGCUUCAUUGACUUCACAUCUGAUGAAGUGGAUUUGACCUCUGCACUGACCCGGAAGAUAACCCUAAAGACACCGCUCAUUUCAUCUCCCAUGGACACGGUCACAGAAUCGUCCAUGGCCAUCGCUAUGGCUCUCAUGGGCGGAAUUGGACUCAUUCAUCAUAACUGCACACCCGAGUUCCAGGCCAAUGAAGUUCGGAAAGUCAAGAAAUUCGAGCAGGGCUUCAUCACGGAUCCCGUAGUGAUGAGUCCACGACACACGGUCGGCGAUGUGUUUGAAGCGAAGGUACGGCACGGUUUCUCCGGCAUCCCCGUUACCGAAACCGGCAAGAUGGGCAGCAAGCUGAUGGGCAUCGUUACGUCACGAGACAUCGACUUCCUGUCAGAGAAAGAUUACGAUCGGCCACUGGAGGAGGCAAUGACAAAAAGAGAAGAUUUAGUGGUGGCACCAGCAGGUGUUACAUUAAAGGAAGCAAAUGACAUUCUGCAGCGCGGGAAAAAAGGCAAACUGCCUAUCGUGAAUGACAGUGACGAGCUUGUUGCUAUAAUAGCUCGUACUGAUUUGAAGAAGAACCGAGACUAUCCUCUAGCCUCCAAAGACUCUCGCAAACAGCUGCUGUGUGGCGCUGCGAUCGGUACCCAAGAGGACGACAAGUACCGGCUAGAUCUGCUCAUGCAGGCCGGAGUGGACGUGAUUGUUCUGGACUCUUCUCAGGGGAACUCUGUGUUUCAUAUCCGUAUGAUCAACUACAUCAAACAGAAAUACCCAGAACUACAAGUGGUGGGAGGAAACGUGGUGACCGCUGCUCAGGCCAAGAAUCUUAUAGAUGCAGGUGUCGAUGCUAUAAGAGUGGGCAUGGGCUGCGGGUCCACCUGCAUCACACAGGAAGUGAUGGCGUGUGGGAGACCGCAGGGCACCUCUGUGUAUAAGGUGGCUGAAUACGCCCGCCGUUUCGGGGUGCCAGUAAUUGCAGACGGAGGAAUCCAAACAGUUGGGCACGUGGUUAAAGCCCUUGCGCUGGGAGCGUCCACAGUGAUGAUGGGAUCAUUGCUAGCAGCAACCACUGAAGCACCAGGUGAGUACUUUUUCUCGGAUGGUGUUCGACUAAAGAAGUAUCGUGGCAUGGGCUCUUUGGAUGCUGUGGAGAAAAACAACAGCAGGCAGAAACGUUACUUCAGUGAAAGCGAUAAGGUGAAGGUCGCUCAGGGAGUCUCUGGCUCCGUUCACGAUAAAGGCUCGAUACACAAGUUUGCCCCGUACCUCAUCGCUGGAGUUCAACAUGGCUGCCAGGAUAUUGGUGCCAAAAGCCUGUCUGUUCUGCGAUCGAUGAUGUACUCCGGAGAGCUGAAGUUCGAGAAGAGGACCGUGUCUGCUCAGGUUGAGGGUGGAGUUCAGGGACUGCAUUCUUAUGAGAAGCGGGUAUACUGAGCCAGACGGCAAGGGGCAGAUGAGAACCGAACCCAAUGUCCCAUCACCAGCUGUCAUGAAACACAACGGCUAAAAGUGAUCAGUCCUCCCCAAUUAUCUCUUCUUCUUCUGCUGUUGAUUCUAAAUAAUGCCGAUCCCAACCAUGUCUGAUUUGUAAUAACAGAGCUGAGGGUACGACUGACAACAGUUUCGAUUUGCAUGAUUUGUUUCAGUUAUAUGUUCAGGCUUCCUUCUGAGAAAGUAAAUGUUGCCGUGGAGAGAUUAUAUUCAUACAUGUUGAAUUUUAGCUAUUUAUUUUAUCUCUUAUGUUGGCUUUUCAAUUUGAGUUAGUUCACUUAAAAAUAAAAAUGCACUCAUCAUUUACUCACCCUCAUGCCGU